UGCCCUGCCCCGGGUGGGCCACCGCUCCCGGAGGCCGUCUCCUUCUCCCGAGCUGCAGCAGCGCCGUGAGGGGCCGGGGAGCAGGCGGUGGUCCGGGAGUCGGUAGCGUAAGGACGGGCUGCCGUCCCGCAGGGAUAGCCACCUUUCCAGAACCCGCACCAGUCGAAAAGCAUUGGGAAAGCUCACAGAGGUGGUGCAUGCAUGUUUAGAGAAAAACUUGUGGAGAAGCACUUUUGCAAACAGUCGUCAAUCAGCUUGGCUAGAGAAGAGCUAAGUUAUGUUUUACGAAGCACAGCCCAGUAAUGUCUUUAAUUAUGCUCUUAGGAAAGGACAGAUAAAAAUGGAAAAAACAUGUCUCUUGAUGUUUCUGCCAAAGACCACAGGAGCCACACCGAUGGAAGCAUUUUUCCUUGAUGGACUGAGUGAGAGGCACAGCUGACAGUUCCUUCCCUGUUCUAGACUUGGCACUGUCACUGACCUCUUUGAUGUACCCGUAGACAAUUUUCUGCCCCUUCACUUUCCCAUCUAAAAUGGUUUCCUCCAUCCUACAGGUAAAUUUUAAUUAAAACAGGCAAAAGGGCCUCCAGUCUUUGGAGAGAGUUGGAAGAAACCUUGCCUGAAUGUUUCUGAGCAUUGUUCUGCUUCUAGCUGCUCAGCAUGUUUUGGCCACUCCAGCUCUGCACGCUCUGACCAUGAGCAGCAAUUCCUCCCUCAGCAAUGUGAAAGGCCUGAGGAACCUUACCACGCAAGAAGACGAGGCAGUCAGAGUCACCGAGUCCAUUGCUAUAAUCGUCAUUGCUAUUUUCAUCUGUUUGGGCAACCUUGUGAUUGUUGUCACCCUCUAUCGGAAGUCUUACCUUCUCACAUUGAGCAACAAGUUUGUAUUCAGCCUGACCCUGUCCAACUUUCUGCUCUCUGUACUGGUGCUACCUUUUGUUGUCACCAGCUCCAUCAGGCGAGAAUGGAUCUUCGGAGUUGUUUGGUGCAAUUUCUCAGCCCUGCUCUACAUGCUGAUCAGCUCAGCCAGCAUGCUUACUCUUGGACUCAUAGCUAUAGACCGGUAUUACGCUGUCCUGUACCCAAUGGUUUACCCGAUGAAGAUAACGGGCAACAGGGCAGUGGUAGCUCUCGUGUAUGUGUGGCUCCAUUCCCUCGUUGGCUGCCUCCCUCCUCUUUUCGGCUGGUCAUCUCUGGAGUUUGACCAGUUCAAGUGGAUGUGCGUGGCAGCCUGGCACAAAGAAGCUGGCUACACUGCCUUUUGGCAGAUCUGGUGCGCGUUGCUGCCUUUUGUGGUCAUGAUGAUCUGCUACGGAUUCAUAUUCCGUGUGGCAAGGAUUAAGGCCCGCAAAAUUCACUGCGGUAGCGUCGUUAUUGUGGAGGAGGACUCCCAGAGGAACGGGAGGAAGAACUCCAGCACCUCCACAUCCUCUUCUGGCAGCCGAAGGAACGCUUUCCAAGGGGUUGUCUACUCAGCCAACCAGUGCAAAGCUUUCAUAACCAUCUUGGUUGUCAUCGGUGCUUUUGUCAUUACGUGGGGGCCUUACAUGGUGGUAAUUACAUCAGAGGCACUUUGGGGAAAAAACAGCAUUUCCCCUGCUUUGGAGACAUUAGCAACAUGGUUGUCCUUUUCCAGUGCCAUUUGCCAUCCACUAAUUUAUGGACUGUGGAACAAGACAGUGCGCAAGGAGCUACUUGGAAUGUGCUUCGGAGAUCGGUAUUACCGUGAGUCCUUUGUUCAGCGGCACAGGACGUCCAGGUUAUUCAGCAUUUCCAAUAGGAUCACAGAUUUGGGACUAUCUCCUCAUCUCACUGCCCUCAUGGCAGGUGGACGGCCAUUAGGAAACAGCAGCAGCACAGGAGACACGGGUUUCAGCUGCUCACAGGAUUCAGGAACAGAUACAAUGCUUCUCGAAGAUUAUAGCUCAGAUGGCCCUCUUGCCCCACACUGCAUCUGUCCUCCUAGAAGGAGAAGCUCAGUGACAUUUGAAGAUGAAGUAGAGCAAAUUAAAGAAGCUGCAAAGAAUUCUAUUCUUCACGUAAAAGCUGAAGUGCAUAAAUCUCUGGACAGUUAUGCAUCCAGCUUAGCAAGAGCUAUUGAAGCUGAUGUGAAAAUCAGCUUGUUUGGGGAAGAUGCUUUACCAGGAGCUCUGUUCCCUGUGCGAACUCUGCCAGGAAGCAGUAUGAACACACGACGUGGUAUCAGACCCCAUGCUGGCCAAAGACUUCAGUUGCAGAGCAUCGAUGAAGGGAAUAUUUGACAGGAGCACUGGAGGAAGAAAACAGAAUGAAACCACUAAUCGAGACCUACUACAGUUGUUAGCAUUUUAACAGAACCAGGAUACCUUGUUGGGAUGUUUUCAGUGUUUUUUCAACACUUGAAAACCAUCUGAAUUCUGGUACUUACAUCAGCAUUUUACAGCAGUAUUUGUUUACUAUUUAGGGGUGCUAUUGACACUUUUGUGCCAUGUCUUAAAUCUAUCACACAGUGCAUAGGAACGAAGGGCUUUGUUUCAUCUGCCUGAUUAUUAGCCUAUUGAAUCUUGAGGCCAUUAUUGGCCAAAGCCAAUACAGGAAUGCAAAAGGAAAAGUGUGUGUGGUGUUUAAAUCAUCAUUGCAUUAAUCCUUUACUGACUGCCAGGAUAAUAGAUUUAUGGUUGGUAGCCUGAGUGCUCUGAUCCUAGCUCGUGCAUUGGAUACUACAUAUAGCCUUCUCGUCACAGACUGCCAAAUGAUGUAGCGUGGAUCUUAGUAAGAGACAAAACCUGAACUUUUCUAUGAUUAUGGUCCUACUUAUGCUUGCUAGCAGAUAUGUCUGGUCAGCCAUCAGAAUGCUAGAUCUGAAACUGGUUUGUGCAUUGCUUCUGCAUUGCAACACACCAGCGUCUUUAGAUGUAAGGGAUGGGAGCAAACCUAAGCUGGAAUUACCACAGAAAUGGUAUUUGAGGAAAUCAUUGAUGCAGAGCUCUUAGUUUCUCUCAGAGCUUCAGUUUACUUCCUCAGUUUUGCUUUUACUGAAAAGGCACUCUACAGCUGUGGUAAGCUUGACAGAAUAUAAGGUAUUACAACUUCAAAUUCAGGAUUCAUCUUUUCUAGAGAGAAAAGUUUAAUGAGUUUUUUGGGAUUUUUUUUUAAUUGUGAGGGCAUGUAGUAUUUAAGCUAUAGUUACCUUGGUACAUAUAUUUCUUGGAGUAUUAAUUCAUUAGUCUCUAAAAUAAGAACAUUUGGCACUUAUAUUGCACUUUGCAUGUCCUUAAGCACUGUACAGACGUUACCUUGUUAGGCCUUUGUGAGAGUUGAUAAGCCCUGCUUGCCAAAGAAGGGGAACUCAACAGUCGAGCUGCUGGCAGUGAAACAAGCUGUAAAGGUGGAAAGGCUUGUUAUAAAAAGGAGUGGGAUGAAUCAUACAAGCAUGUCUGGUUUGAAGAACUAAAUUUUUGUGCCUCCUUGGGUUGGCCCCCUCCUUAUUUUGUGGGGGUUACAGCCCUGUCUUAUUUCAAAGAGAGCCAAACAUAAGUGAGUAAGAUAAUUUCUUGGAGGUGAGUGUCAUUAGCAAAUGGAUUUAAGGACCAAGGAUCUGCAUCUGUUUACUCUGUGACUGCUUCCCUGUGCCUCCACCUUUUCCCAGAAAUGGCUGGUAUCAGUUUUGCUGCAGAUUGUUUGGAAAUAAGCGGCAAGAUAUUUCCAUAUGGGCAAAAGCUGAGUAUACACACUUUUUAAAUUACAGCUGUGUGCAACUUAUUUUGAGGCACAGAAGCAAACUGUUUUUGAGGCAGAGCCUCAGUCCAGUACUGUAUUUAGACAUCUUAUUUGUGUUCCCAACUGAGAAAUAUAUUUCAGCACAAGCUUAUGUCCAUCUCUGGACAAAGCAGUAUGACUUUAUGAACUAGCCUGAAUCUUGCUACAUUCCCAUGUAAGAUAUAACUGCAUGCUUAAAAUUCAGUACAUGGUUUGCUUAUUAAGAACAGACUGUUAAAGCAGGAACACUUAAGCACCAGUAAGAUGGCUCUUUGCAUAACUCUGGAAUGAAACGACUAAUAAUAGUGAGGUCCUUGCUCCUUUAUUUUUCUUUCCUUCUAGUAUGGUAGAUAAAUUGGCAUCUGUGGGCACUCAUUUAAAAAAAAUAGAAAAUGUAAAGCCCAGUAUUUGCCAGGAAAUGCCCUGUGCUGAGGUUAUUAUUGCUGUCAUUAACAUUACAAUCAUAGUUGCUGCACGUACUCAUCCCUCUGUAAGGUUUAGGCUUGUCUCAGAUGGCUUUCAGUAUUUUAUCUGCAUCCCUUUUAUUUCAUAUUCCUGCUUCAAAAGCAGUUGUUGAAUGUGAAAUGGACACACGAGAGUAUGUGUGCUUUGCGACUAUGUCCAUGCUAGCCAUUUCAGGGGGAAAAAUUCCAAGGCCUACAUGAAAGCACGAAAUAAUACUGUGCAAAAGCACCAUUUCUCACACAGGCACUCGGCCAGAUUCAGCCGUGGGGCAGAGUUAUAGCGUCAGUUUACAGGGUCACUGAAUUUGGCCAUCCUUGUUACUUCACCAACCUGUUAUUAAGUGUAAAUGUUAAUAUCUUUGUACACUUGUUGUAACCUUUCCAUAAUUCCAUUACUAGCCGAGUGGCGAUCUCUCUUGAAUCGUUACUAACAAAAGUGGUAAUAAGAAAUGCACACAUUUUGUAAAAACUGUAUUCCCUAUCUUAAAUACAAAAGGGAAAAGACA